UUUUAAUUUAUGGGCAAAAAGGAAAAGGGAAAGCCAAAUCCAUUGGGGGAAGUGAGCAGAGAUUAUACUAUUAAUCUUCAUAAGGCUGUUCACAAGGAAACAUUCAAGAGAAAGGCUCCUCGUGCUGUCAGUCACAUUGUUAGAUUUGGUAUGUGAGUGAAGAUUAAUAGAGCAGCUCAAAAGAAUAUGUUGACAGAGGAUGUUAGAGUUGAUCCACAAUUGAAUGAAGCAGUUUGGAAGACAGGUAUCCGCAAUUUGCCCAGAAGAAUCAGAGUGAGGUACUUUGAUUGAUUUAUGAAAAUGCAGACUAUAGAGAAAGAAGAAGGAAGAAGAUGAUGGAAAAGGAAAAUAUUACACUCUUGCUCAGUAUGUUCCAGUUGAAACUUUCGCAAACCUCAAAACAGAGAUCACAAAAGUUUAAUGAUUCACAUAAUUGUACAAUACAAU